AGCCAGCCAGGGGUUCUUGACAGGGGCUCUGACCUUUUCUGUCUAUUCCUUAGGCUUGCUGACCUUUAGCAGCCUGCUGAGCAACUCAGCAACAUUUGCAGGGUAGAGCCUGGGAAGCUGUUCCUUUCAGCUGACUCCUUCCUGGUGCCUUGCCCUGCACCCAGUGGCUUCUCUCCCAGCCUCAUGGUCACAGUACUCCUUCACCUGUUCACCAAGUUCUCAGAGCAAUAAAGGGUAUUCCACCCCUGCAGCUGCUCCUGGCCAGUGUGGCUGGGGUUGGGACCAUGCCACAAGGCAACAUGAGGGCAACCAUGCCUGUGAGGUUGGUGGUGCUGACGUUGGCUCUGCGAGGUCGGCUCAAGGUGGGUCUGGAUAUUGAGCAGGCCUGUCAGGGCGUUGUCACCCACACCAGGAGCACGUGGCAGGUGUGGCAGCCAGCAACACCUCCCUCUUCCACCAGCCCAGGAGCCUGUGUGCACCCCAUCUGGCGCUUUGCACUGUGUGAACACAAAUGCACAUUAAACUCUCAAACCCACACUGACUGGGUCUUCCUUCCUCUCACCUUUGUAGCAGCCCCAAGGUAGCAGCUGUCUUGCUGCAGGUAGGAGCAGGAUGGGAGGUCUGAAAGGAGAAGGCCAGGCUGGGAUCCCAAUUCCAGAGCCUUCAAGAGCUGAAACACUGACCACUGCAGCCCCACCCCAUUUCAGGCCUGUUACAGAUCAGGUUCUGAGGAUCAGGAAAAGCAGGGUACAAAACCAGAGCAGGACUGGGCCAAAGGAUGAAACAGGUGAAAACACACAGCCGAGUUACCAAGCAUCACAUGGAUGAAGAGACACACCAGGACCAGGGCAGUGAGCAAACUGAGAAGUCACCCUGGGGCACACACCUGACCUCCAGUAGACUGCCAGUCUGCACCUAAGGAUGCCCACAGCCCUGUGUGGUGUUGGAAGGGGCUAGGAAGCUGCUACAGGUGCACCGGGAGGGAAGAGAGGGAGUACCCAAUGGUAUAGUGGUAAUGAACAGGCGUUUAUUGAUGGCUCCAUGAGUGCCAACUACUAUGCCCACUGCUGGGAGUCUGGACGUAACCGAGACUGGAAACAGACUCACAUAAACAUUAAAUCUGUUCAAACUAGACAAUCACUUGGCUGGGCCUGGGCUGGGUUCCCACUGAGGCCUUCAGAUCUCACAUUCUUAUGGUACAGGCUAGGUGUCAAGAACCAGGCCUGAUGACUGGCAUCCCCAGUGGGAGAGGGGACUGUCCUGGCCUUGACCAGGACAUCAGAUACUGAGCUGGGGAGGAGGCAGUGGGGUCAGGAGGGGAGGGUACAGUUGUUUGGCUCAUCAGGCAUCCUGAGUUUUCCUGGGCCAACUCCUCCAAGGGGCUGCAGACAAUCAGUGCAUUGUCAGCAGGGGCUGCAGCAUGGAGCAAGGGAGCAGCCACACACAGAGCCCCAGGCCUGGCCCUGCUGAGGUAAGUGCCUCUACCAUUCCUGGGACAAAGACCUGGGGAUGCCCUGGACAGGGGAUGAAGGACCACCACCCACCCCACCAUGACCCUUCCCUAAGCAAAUCGGCUCCCUGGUCUCUAGCCCCACUGACUGCAAUAUGCUCCCAGGUGAAGACCAAGCCCUGCCACUGGGGCUGGAGAACUGCAGGCCUGCUGUUGCUGCUGCUGGCACUGGCCACUGCAGGGGCUGUGGCCGGAGGGCUUCUUGGGUUUGCUCAUAGCCCUUCCAAGCCAUUGCAGAUGCUCCGACUGACCUUCCCAAGCCCCCAGGUUCCCUGGUCCAAUCAAACCACCAUCGUGGACAUGGCCCACAACAUGGCAACCAUCAUAGUGACUCCACCUCAGAGCAACCACAGCUGGGCAGUGCUGUUCGACGGGCAGAGCGGCUGCAUCUGUUACCGCCCUGCAGAGCAUCGGGCCUGCUUCCUCCGCCUGAUGGAGGCCCGAGAUCGGGAGACCCUGCAGCUGCUGCUGAACACCUCCAGGGCCCAAGGGCCCCUCAGCCCAGAUCAUGACACCCACCAUGCCCAGGAGCUGCUGGCAGUGCUUGGGAGCCACACCGUGGACCCUGCCCAGGUGGGGGCUUCAGUGCAGCACCUCUGUGCAAAGACCCCCAUCUACUGGGCCCGUCAAGCCAAGGGGCCCCAGAGGCAGCGGCUGAUCUAUCUCUGCAUUGACAUCUGCUUCCCAAGCAACAUCUGUGUGUCUGUCUGCUUUUAUUACCUCCCAGACUAAGCCCUCUGCCUGGUCCAGCCUGGCCAUUGCCCCAUAGGCUUCCCCUGUUCCCACAGGCUAGCAAUCUGGCUAUGUCACCAGCACCUAGAGGGCAGCUGCUGGCAGGACUAAUAAACUCUUCCACCUGGCCAUGGUGGUGUUCUCUGGGUCCUCGGGACCUGAACAAGGGCAGGGAGUGGGAGGAAGAACGUGACUUGCAGGUGGGCACUAGCUUGGGUCCCCUCAGAAGCUCUAAACCCCAGAGGUCCAACCUCUCUGAAGGGAGUGUAGGCUCUCCCAGCCCAGGCAUGUACGGCCUGACUCAGUGGGCCUCCUGAUAAGCAGCUGAGCAGAGAGAGCCCCACAGGAGAGGCCUGCAAAGAGGGAGGACUAACCCAGUCAGGUCCAGCUAGCCUGGUGGGCAAAGGCUAAUCUCAGAGUUUCACUCUGACCUGAGUUCUAUAUAGGUCCAUCCAGCUAGAGCCGCUGCACCAGGCAGUCCCAGCUGCUCAGUUGCUGCCUGUGAUCCUGAGGGGCACAGCCUAGCCCAGCACACUGUCAUUGAAUGCCAAACAGACAACAGCUUUCUGGUGGCCGCCAUACUCUCUCUUGAUCUCUCCAGUCUCCACACACCAGAG